UGUGGUUCUGUUUGGUAUUCGGAUCGCAGAACCCUCAGUGCCUCUCUAAUGAAGCACAGAGCAGCAGGCUGAGGGAACUUGUCUCAGCAUAAUGAAAAGAAAUAAUGAAAUAUUACAGUAGUUGUGUUGUAAAGUGCCAAAACAUUUUAUUUCUAUUCCACAAAUAAAUGCCAUUUUACAUCAAUUCAUGUUACAGUAUAUAACCUAAACAUGGAAGACAUUGUAAAAGUCAGAACUUCUAACUAGUCCCAAACAGAAAUCUGUUAUCACAGAAUACUGAACAUGCAGUAGAUGCCUUACUUUCUUCAAGAAGCCCUCUUCAUGAUGUUGAGUUCUGAUUACAGCUCUUAUUUUCUGUCAACMAGGGCUGGAUGGUGUGGAGUCCUUACAGGUCCUGCAGCUCUCCUUUAACAGGAUAGCAACUCUGCAACCAGGAGUGCUGAGUCACCUUCACCAGCUGAAAGAGCUACACUUACAACAUAACCUCCUCAUUCAUCUCCAUCCACAAGUGUUCCAGCAUUUAGAUCAGCUCAGGGUGAGACUGGCUUUGUUUUGUUUUUACUGAGAUCUUUUCAUUUUUUCUUAACUGAUAACGUUUGACAAACAAUACGUCUAAUUAUGUCCUACUUCUAUGUCCUACUUUUACUAUUGGAGGUUUUAUGAGGUUGAACAUGUGUAAAAAGCCUUCUACAUUUUAAUACUGUGUUCUCCUCAAAGGUUCUUGACCUGAGCUUCAACAUGUUGACAAGCCUCCAUCCAGUGAUGCACCUCACUCUGCACAGUAUUGGAACGGAUGUUAGCCUGGGUGGAAACAGGUGGCAGUGUGACUGCAGCAUGCACAGGCUACAAAGGAGGAUGGCCAAUGACCGCAGCAGAGGCCUGCAGAAUUGGAACAUAGUGUGUUCUUCUCCCUCCACUAUCUCUGGCAGAGAUCUUCUGCAGCUGGAGGAGAAGGAAUUAAAUUGCUUAAAUACUGAGAACAGAUCUUAUUUCCACCAAGAUAUGAUGGUCUACAGCGGCUCUGAGAUACUGCUUCCCUGUUCUGUGCAAGGUAACAGGUUCAACAUUGUGUCAAAGAGCUAAAUAAUGACAGUACAAGACAACAUAGUUUUACGAUUUCCAAUYGUUAUUACAGUGUUUUUUCUUUUUUUGUAGAUUCAAUAUGGUGGACACCCAGGGGUCAAGCAUCUGUAAGCCAGCAUAAUGCUGAUCUGCUCAUCCACAACGUCUCAGAAAGAGAUACAGGACUGUAUGUGUGUGUGUCUAAAGAAGACCAAGUUGUAUCUGUUUUUAACCUCCAAAUAAGUAGACCAGGAGGAGCAAGAAAACCAAGAAGUUUACCCAGAUCAGAGCUAAGUCUCCCACAAGUUCCCCUAAACAUGAAAGCAGAAAGAAAAAAUCUAACGCAGUCUGAUUUAACCCUGGCAGUGUGUCUGUCUGUGUUCAUCACAUUUCUGUUUGCUUUUGUCCUCGGAGUCCUGUUAAGACCUUAUAUCGAUGUGCUUUGGAAAAGGGUCACCACCAAGAAAAGCACUUCUGCAGCAAACACUGUCUCCACUGUUGAACAAGGACAAUAUGUCAAUGAGGCCUUCUCCAGUGCUGAGGAGCCAGAAGACCGUGGAUCCUACAGGGAAAGGAGGGUCACAUUCAGCACAGAAGAAAACAAUGUGCAGUAUUUUGAUACUGUAGUGAGGGGUGACAGCAUUAGCAGCGAUGCAGUCUUUGAGGAUGAAGUAGUUGUGUCUGAGCUUCAUAACCAAACUAAUACAGAAUCAGGAAGUGAACAUUUACUGCAGAGGGGUUUGGGGGAUAAGCAGAGUGAUGACAGUCAUUCAGGUGACUCUAAUGAAUGUCGCAUCCGCAACAAGGAGUUUGAACACAUUCCCGAACCUGAYGAACUUGGGGAGAGGAAAAGCCGGUCAUCAUCCUCAGAUUCGUCUUUGUUGGGAAAACUGUCAGAAGAGGAGCAAAUUACCAAGAGAAAACCCACAAAGUCCAAAUCUCCUCAGUUGGUAGAAGACUCACUUCAGCAGAGGCUCAAUUUGUCUUCAAAAAUAGAGGACACACAAAUAUCCAUGGAGGGCAAAAUUAAAAUUCCCAAACGUUCUUCCAGAUCAGUCGAUUUUUCAUUAAAUACAAGUAUAACAAAUCCAUUAGACUCUGAUGAUUUGCAUGAUAAUGAAGAACUAUUUGAUUUCAGCGACUCUGCUCAAAGUCCAACAACAGGGUCCAGCAAUGUGUUUGAUUCUUUUAAUAAUCCAAAACAAUCUCGGACACCCUCUUCAGUCAA